AUGUCUGGGAAGAAUUUCUCGGAGGUGACUGUCUUCAUUGUCUCUGGAUUUGCAAAUCACCCUGAACUACAAGUCUGUCUUUUCUUGACAUUUCUCUUCAUUUAUCUAUUUACUGUUUUGGGGAAUCUUGGCUUAAUCCUAUUAAUCAGAAUUGACUCUCAGCUCCACACACCAAUGUACUUUUUCCUCAGCAACUUAGCAUUUAUUGACAUAUUUUAUUCCUCUACUGUAACGCCCAAGGCAUUGAUAAAUUUCCAGUCUAACCAGAAAAGCAUCUCCUUCGUUGGCUGCUUUGUCCAAAUGUAUUUCUUCGUGGGUUUGGUUUGCAGUGAGUGCUUCCUUCUGGGCUCAAUGGCCUAUGACCGCUACGUAGCAAUCUGCAACCCUUUACUGUACUCAGUAGUCAUGUCCCAGAAGGUGUGCAGCUGGUUGGCAAUCACGCCAUACGCAAUAGGAUUCACAAAUUCUCUCACCUCUAUUUGUGUUAUUCGCAGUUUGCCAUUCUGUGACUCUAUCAUUAACCAUUUCUUCUGUGACACCACAGCUCUCUUAGCUCUGUCCUGUGUAGAUGCAUUCAACACAGAGAUGGUGAUCUUUAUCUUAGCUGGCUUCACCCUUCUUAGCUCGCUUCUCAUCAUCACAGUCACUUACGUUGCCAUCAUCUCAGCCAUUCUGAAGAUACGGUCGGCUGCGGGCAGACAGAAAGCCUUUUCUACUUGUGCAUCCCACCUCAUGGGUGUGACAAUCUUCUACGGGUCUCUGAUUUUCACUUAUCUGCAGCCGGAUAACACAUCAUCCUUGACACAGGCACAGGUGGCGUCCGUGUUCUAUACCAUUGUCAUUCCAAUGCUGAACCCUCUGAUCUACAGUCUGAGGAACAAAGACGUGAAAAAUGCUCUCCUGAGACUCCUACACAGAAACUUUUCUCUAUGA